CGGUGCGAGAAAACUCUUUCGACGCAGCAAGGCUCACCUACACUGAGGCGGACUGGCUGCCCUGAGCGUCGCAGUCAUGCCGGCCGGACCCGUGCAGGCGGUGCCCCCGCCGCCGCCCGUGGCCACCGAGCCCAAACAGCCCAUAGAAGAAGAACCAUCUUCAAAGGAGGAUUCUACCCCUUCCAAGCCAGUCGUGGGAAUUAUUUACCCUCCUCCAGAGGUCAGGAAUAUCGUUGACAAGACUGCCAGCUUUGUGGCCAGAAAUGGACCUGAAUUUGAAGCUAGAAUACGACAGAAUGAGAUCAACAACCCCAAGUUCAACUUCUUGAACCCCAAUGACCCUUACCAUGCCUAUUACCGUCACAAGGUCAGCGAGUUCAAGGAAGGGAAGGCUCAGGAGCCCUCGGCCGCCAUCCCCAAGGUUAUGCAGCAGCAGCAGCAAGCCACCCAGCAGCAGCUGCCCCAGAAGGUGCAAGCGCAGGUGAUCCAAGAGACCAUCGUGCCCAAAGAGCCCCCUCCCGAGUUUGAGUUCAUCGCAGACCCCCCUUCCAUCUCAGCCUUUGACCUGGAUGUGGUGAAGCUGACGGCUCAGUUUGUGGCUAGGAACGGGCGCCAGUUUCUGACCCAGCUGAUGCAGAAAGAGCAGCGCAACUACCAGUUUGACUUCCUCCGGCCACAACACAGCCUCUUCAACUACUUCACGAAGCUGGUGGAACAGUAUACCAAGAUCUUGAUUCCUCCUAAAGGCUUAUUCACAAAGCUCAAGAAAGAGGCCGAGAACCCCCGAGAAGUUUUGGACCAGGUGUGUUACCGAGUGGAAUGGGCCAAGUUCCAGGAGCGCGAGAGGAAAAAGGAAGAGGAAGAGAAGGAGAAGGAGCGGGUGGCCUAUGCACAGAUCGACUGGCAUGAUUUUGUGGUGGUGGAAACAGUGGACUUUCAACCCAAUGAGCAAGGGAACUUCCCUCCCCCGACCACCCCGGAGGAGCUGGGGGCCCGAAUCCUCAUUCAAGAGCGCUAUGAGAAGUUUGGGGAGAGUGAGGAGGUCGAGAUGGAGGUUGAGUCUGAUGAGGAGGACGAGAAACAGGAGAAGGCAGAGGAGCCGCCUUCCCAGCUGGACCAGGACACCCAAGUGCAAGACAUGGAUGAGGGUUCAGAUGAUGAAGAAGAAGGGCAGAAAGUGCCCCCACCCCCAGAGACACCCAUGCCGCCGCCUCUGCCCCCAACUCCAGACCAGGUCAUUGUCCGGAAGGACUAUGACCCCAAAGCUUCCAAGCCCCUGCCUCCAGCCCCUGCUCCAGAUGAGUAUCUCGUGUCCCCCAUCACGGGAGAGAAGAUCCCUGCCAGCAAAAUGCAGGAACACAUGCGCAUCGGGCUUCUCGACCCACGCUGGCUGGAGCAGCGUGAUCGCUCCAUCCGUGAGAAACAGAGCGACGAUGAGGUGUACGCACCAGGUCUGGAUAUUGAGAGCAGCUUAAAACAGUUGGCCGAGCGGCGUACCGACAUCUUCGGUGUGGAGGAAACAGCCAUCGGUAAGAAGAUCGGCGAGGAGGAGAUCCAGAAACCAGAGGAAAAGGUGACCUGGGAUGGCCACUCAGGCAGCAUGGCACGGACCCAGCAGGCUGCCCAGGCCAAUAUCACCCUCCAGGAACAGAUUGAGGCCAUCCACAAGGCCAAGGGCCUGGUGCCGGAAGAUGAUACCAAAGAGAAGAUUGGUCCCAGCAAGCCCAAUGAAAUCCCCCAGCAGCCACCGCCUCCAUCUUCAGCCACCAACAUCCCCAGCUCGGCCCCACCCAUCACCUCAGUGCCCCGGCCUCCUGCCAUGCCACCUCCUGUCCGCACCACAGUUGUGUCCGCAGUACCCGUCAUGCCUAGGCCCCCAAUGGCUUCAGUGGUCCGACUGCCCCCGGGCUCGGUGAUUGCCCCCAUGCCGCCUAUCAUCCAUGCGCCCAGGAUCAACGUGGUGCCCAUGCCUCCCUCGGCCCCUCCUAUCAUGGCACCCCGCCCACCCCCCAUGAUUGUGCCAACAGCCUUUGUGCCCGCUCCACCUGUGGCACCUGUCCCAGCUCCAGCCCCAAUGCCCCCUGUCCACCCCCCACCUCCCAUGGAAGAUGAGCCUGCCUCCAAGAAACUGAAGACAGAGGACAGCCUCAUGCCCGAAGAGGAGUUCCUCCGCAGGAACAAGGGUCCAGUAUCCAUCAAAGUCCAGGUGCCCAACAUGCAGGAUAAGACGGAAUGGAAGCUGAACGGACAGGUGCUGGUCUUCACCCUCCCACUCACAGACCAGGUCUCUGUCAUCAAGGUGAAGAUUCACGAAGCCACUGGUAUGCCUGCAGGGAAACAGAAGCUGCAGUAUGAGGGCAUCUUCAUCAAGGAUUCCAACUCACUGGCUUACUACAACAUGGCCAAUGGCGCUGUCAUCCACCUGGCCCUCAAGGAGAGAGGCGGGAGGAAGAAAUAGAAGAGAGAAACCUGCUUUCAGGUCCCAGCCACUGCCGUUUUGCCUCUCCUGUCCCCAGCCCCCUUCCACAGACCCAGAAGACCCUGCGUUGAACAUUUAUUUCCUCUUAGUAAGUUUGGAAAUUCAAAUUGUCCUGCGGAGUCGCCUUCCCCCUCCUCCCUCCCCAUACUGAUCAGAGAGGGCUUCUAAGCCUUGCUUCUCCCCAGUGGUCUCUGGAAUCCGUUUGUGUUUGCGUCUUGAUUUGAGGGCGCUCACUUCUUCAGGCAGCCCAUUAAGAAAUGUGAACCCAGGGAUGUCCUGCGAGAUAGUGUCAGAGUGCCAAGUGGCAUUUGGCUGAUAGGGUAUGGUCGUUAUCAUUAUUAAUCAUUUUGUAUCUUGCCAUGGGCUAUCUAAUAAACCUCUUGGAUCCUUCUUGUGAAA